UGAUAUUUUUUGGUAUUUACUGUAGCGGUAUUUCAUUUGGUGAGCACGAACUGCUUGCGUUAUCGAUAGCUCUUUACUUUAUUGCCUUUUUGUGGCGUCUGUUUCAAUUUGUUUGCUUUCAAUUGUUGGUCUAAAUUUGGCCCCAAAAUGAACCGACGCAACAAGCGGACGUCGUAUUACCAAUACGAAGUAUAUCUGGACUUCAUGGAGGGCAAUCCCCUGAUGUCGCUCAACAUACUGAGUCGCACCCUGGAUGGAAAGAAGUGGAAGGAGCUCAGCGAUCUGCUUAACAAGUGUCCCACGGGUCCCACUUUGUCGGUUGAGGAAUGGCGAAAGCGCCUCAACGACUGGAAGAACAGCACACGCUCCAAGUACCGACGCAGCAUCAAUUCGGAUGACAAGAACAAUGCAAUGACUCCUCUGGAGAACAGAGCUCUGCAGAUUUUCUCCUCCCAAGCGAAUUGUCGCGAGGCUUCAACACUGGAACUGGUGGAGGAGCCUCUGGAGCACGAUGAACAGGAUGAUGAGGAGCCAGAAGAGUUGGAGGAGGAGCAGUACCAGGAGUUUGUGGCAGAGCCUCAUGAGCAUGCCAACCCAACGCUGAUCAAUGGUCAUAGUGCAGCGAAAAAGCUAAGGCUUGAUGGCGCCAGUGAGAUUAUCUACGAAGCCUUGAUUUCAGUCACGAAAAUCACAUCUCAAGAACACGGCGCAAAAGAACCGUCCGCCUCCUAUGGCAAGAAAAUCGAGGAGCAGCUGAAACGCAUUUCGGACAUACACGAGGCAUCACUGCACUUCAGGAUAGCCCGCUUCAAGUACAACAAUCCCGGAUUCGAAUACACUCCGGAGUCAUAGCCCAGUUCGAUCUGCUAGCCAUGCACAUGGGGCACUAUAAUAUGUGAGCUCAUAGGGACCU